CUCUGGACUUUUUCUGCCUAAAAUGUUUGGCUCGUCAAGAUCUGGGGGCCUACGCGGAGGUCAGGACCAGUUCAACUGGGACGACGUGAAAGUCGAUAAACACAGAGAGAAUUAUCUGGGAAACUCCUUGAUGGCACCGGUUGGACGAUGGCAAAAAGGUAAAGAUCUGACGUGGUACGCAAAAGACAAAAAAACUGGCAAACCGUUAUCCAAAGAGGACGAACUUGCUGCUGUGAAAGCAGCAGAAGAGGAGGCGCUGAUGGCUGCGCUAGGACACAAAGUUAUAAAGAGACAACCAACUGGUCUUACCAAAGAGGAUCUUGUAGAGGUUUGUAGAAGGGAAGAGGCUGAUGGUGAAGAGAGGAGCGUGGAUCGUAUAUCAGGCUUGGGAAGCUCCAGUGUGGGGUCACGGAAGAUAUUGCUGUCCCAAAAAGAGAAAGAAGCGGCUAAAAUGGGUCUGCCGAUUUUCACACACCACAAGACUGAAGGUCGUCAAGAAACAUCUGCAACAAUAUCAUCUGAGAGCGUUGAAAAACCAGAAGAGACAGAAAAAGGUUUGCAAGAGAGCAAAAAGAAAAAGAAAGAAAAAAAGAACAAAAAGGAAAAGAAGAAGAAGGAAAAAAAGAAGAAAAGGAAAAGACGAGAUUCGUCAGCCUCUGAGUCCACGUCAUCGGAGGAUAACAGGAAAAGACACAGAAAGGACCACCAUCAUCAUAAUCCAUCAUACCAUAGUCAGAGUGGAGCCAGACCCCAUGACAGCCAUUCAAGGGAGGGAGCAAAGGCCGAGCGGCAGCCUUCCCGCCCCCGUCAUCGACGGCAGAGGCACGACACAGACUCUUCUGACGGGGGGUCUCCAACCCGCAGUAACUCUGCCUUCCACAAGAAGGCCCCCGCUGGUGCCACACAAAGCCACAGGAGACGCCACGACACAGACUCGGACGACUAAUGUCCCGCGCUCCCCCACCAAAACCAGAGCUGCAUAGUGCACACGCAGCAUUUUGGGACCCCCUGGAUCAUGGACCGCCAGGAAAACUGUGAUGCUUCUUACGUUAAGCUUUAUAUCAUACUAGUUCCUCAUGUGGGAAAGAUGAGUUUGGUGUUUCUAUUGAAUUUUGGUGAUGAGCUCUUCUUGUUUCCAAAGCAGUUUGUCAUUAAAUUCACAACUGGGUGUA